GCGUGCGCAAUGCGCGCCUUCCGCCUCAAGCAGCGCGAUUGCGCGAGGACGAUCCGACUCGCACGCGAGGAGAUCGCCGCUCUCGCGCCGGCGGCGCAGGGCGGCGGCGGCGCGCCGGAGAUGUCUCUUUCCGUCUCGUCGGCCGGCCGGCUCGAGGGGCUACUCAACCAGCUGCAGCUCGUGUGCACCAUGGUGGAGGACCACGACAAGGCGCAGUCGAUGCGGCGCGCGCUCGUCAGCGAGGUGUCGGACGAGCAGCGCGCGCUACUGCCGCGCCUCGACGGCGCUCGAGCCUAUAGCCGAGAUCGCGCCUCGCCCGUCGCCCUCUCGGCGCAAGAGACGCUCGAGCUCCUCCAGGCGCUCCAAAAGGCGGUCGAAUCGCUCGGCGGGAAGGCCACCGAGCUCAAGGCGACGUGAGCAGACUACCCUCCUCCCCUCGUCUCCCCUCUCCGGGGCGACAAGCGCCGCGCACGCCCACCGAGCCGCGAGGCCGGCCGAUUGGAGGCGCCUCCGAGACGCCCCGCCCCCCUGCGCUUGGGCUGAUCGUUGCUCGCGCACCUCUCUCGGGAAGGCGCAGGCCCCGUUCUCCCCCCGUGGUGUGUCCAUUGCUUUCUUUGCAUGUGCCUUUGCAACGGCCAGCGGCGCGACGGGCAACUCCCUUUUGUGUGGCGCAGAUGUGAGCGUCAGAUAUAUCGCGCAA